GCUCUUGUUAACUCGGUCUCAGCCGUCCUCGAAGAAUGCAUAAGCUUUGUCGGAGUCGACCUGAAUACUGCACCUCUUCAUAUGUUGACUCGCGUCGCAGGACUUACUGAGACUCGGGCCAAAGCCAUAAUUGCCUAUCGGCAGGCAAAUGGUGGCUUUAGGUGCCGUAAACAACUUCUUAAGGUCUAA